CUUAGCUCUUUUAAAUGCGGAGUUAGAAAAAUUGCAAUGCGCACGAUCAUUGCGUGGUAGGAAAACGUACUUCCGGCGUAAACAUCGGUCUCAAAAUCCAAGAAUGGAUGAGCUGCAAAAGCUAGAAUAUCUCUCACUUGUUUCUAAAGUCUGUACAGAACUUGAAAAUCAUUUGGGUCUGAAUGAUAAGGAUUUGGCUGAGUUUAUUAUUCAUCUUGCUGAGAAGAAUGAUACGUUUGAGAAAUUCAAGAAAGCCUUGGAUGAAAAUGGUGCAGAAUUUGCGGAUUCCCUUGUUGCCAAUUUACUCAGACUGAUCCAAAAAAUGAAACCCAAACCAAAAGCAGAGGUCAAACUGAAGAAAGAAGAAGAAAUUGACAUGGAGACACUGAAAAGCGACAUAGAAAUAAAAAAGAAGCUGUUCCCUGGACUAGCCAUAGCUGAUGACCCCAAAAUCAGGGACAUGUUAGCAGAUGAAGAUGAAGAAAAACCAAUUAAAACAGAAACCUCCCAGCCAAUCAAAACAGAGAGAAUAAAUGAAGAUGGGCCAAUCAAAGCAGAGAAAGGAGACACUGACAUUGCUGUUGAUAUGAUGAAUGAACUUGAAGCUUUGAAGAAUGCCCCUCCGCCCCAAGAAAAAAAUAGGGAGAGAGAAAGAAGAAGGGACAGGAGUCGCAGUAGAGAGAAAGAUAGGAGGAGGAGAAGGAGUAGAUCUCGAGAUAGGUCAAGGACACGGAGUCGAGAUCGAGACAGACGAAGAAAUAGGUCAAGGUCACGAGACAGAGACGACAGACGCAGACGAAGAUCAAGGAGCCGCAGUCGCGACAAGGACAAGAAAAAAUGGAGGGGAAAAGAUCGAGAGGAACUGCCAAUGGACCCAGACAUCGGGAGGAUUUACAAUGGCCGGGUAAACACACUCAUGCAGUUUGGGUGUUUCGUUCAGUUAGAAGGACUUCGAAAGAAAUGGGAAGGUCUUGUUCACAUAUCGCAGUUGAGGAGAGAGGGUAGGGUCACCAAUGUCAGUGAUGUUGUUCAAAGAGGUCAAAAGGUCAAGGUCAAAGUGUUGUCCUUCACUGGACAGAAGAUUAGUCUGUCAUUGAAGGAUGUCGAUCAAGAAACUGGGGAGGAUCUGAAUCCGUCGAAGACAAAGACGCUGGUGGGCGGGGAGAUUCACAACAAUCAGGUGGAGGCCAGAAAUCCUGACCGGCCCUCGUCAAUGCCCCUAGUAGAGCAUGUGCCAGACAUCGACGAUGCCAGCGAGAAAAAGCGGCGGUAUCAACGCAUGUCCUCGCCCGAGAGGUUCGAAAUUCAACAGAUGAUCGCCGCAAACGUCAUUGACAAAUCGGAGCUCCCAGACUUUGAUGAGGAGUCGGGACUCAUUGUGAGGGAGGACGAUUCCGACGAGGACAUUGAAAUCGAGCUGAAGGAGGAAGAGCCACCAUUUUUGACAGGUCACGGACGAGUGGGCGUGGAUCUCAGUCCUGUCAAAAUUGUAAAGAAUCCAGAUGGAUCUCUGUCUCAAGCGGCCAUGAUGCAAAACGCCUUACAGAAGGAGCGACGAGAGCUGAAGCAGGCCCAAAGAGAGGCCGAGAUGAACUCAGUGCCCUCUGGUGUCAACAAGGACUGGAUUGAUCCCAUGCCGGAAGGAGGAGACAGAAAGUUUGCAGCCCAGGUCCGGGGUGCUGGCAUGCCCCCAGCGGACGUCCCAGAGUGGAAGAAGCACAUUACAGGGGGUCAGAAGGCGUCCUAUGGAAGGAAGGAGAAGAAAUCCCUCCUGGAGCAGAGACAGGGUCUCCCCAUCUACAAACUCAAGGAUGAACUGGUGAAGGCUGUAACAGACAAUCAGAUUCUGAUAGUCAUCGGGGAGACUGGCUCAGGAAAGACAACUCAGAUCACCCAGUAUCUGGCCGAGGCUGGUUACACCACGACAGGAAAAAUCGGCUGCACUCAGCCGCGUCGUGUCGCCGCCAUGUCGGUGGCAAAAAGAGUGUCGGAAGAGUUUGGAUGUCGUCUCGGUCAAGAGGUCGGUUACACGAUUCGUUUUGAGGACUGUACGAGCCCGGAGACGAAGAUAAAGUACAUGACAGACGGUAUGAUGCUGAGGGAGUGUCUGAUUGACGGGGACCUUACGCAGUACAGCAUCAUCAUGUUGGACGAGGCCCACGAACGAACCAUUCACACUGACGUCCUGUUCGGACUUCUCAAGACGGCUGUUCUGAAGCGAAAGGAAUUAAAACUCAUAGUUACAUCAGCUACUUUGGAUGCCGUCAAAUUCUCACAGUAUUUCUUUGAGGCGCCGAUCUUUACGAUUCCUGGCCGUACCUACCCCGUCGAGGUUCUGUACACCAAGGAGGCGGAGACUGACUACCUGGAUGCCUCGCUGAUCACCGUCAUGCAGAUCCAUCUGAUGGAGCCACCAGGUGACAUUCUGCUAUUCCUGACCGGUCAAGAGGAGAUUGACACGGCCUGUGAGACCCUGUAUGAGAGAAUGAAGGCCCUGGGGCCCGAGGUCCCCGAGCUGAUCAUCCUACCUGUCUACAGUGCCCUGCCCAGCGAGAUGCAGACCAGGAUCUUUGAGCCAACACCCCCUGGGUCAAGAAAGGUUGUGAUAGCCACAAACAUUGCAGAGACCUCGCUGACUAUAGAUGGAAUUUAUUAUGUGGUGGAUCCAGGAUUUGUCAAGCAGAAGGUGUACAACUCCAAGACAGGCAUGGAUCAGCUGAUUGUCACGCCCAUAUCGCAGGCACAGGCCAAACAGAGAGCUGGGCGGGCAGGCAGAACGGGCCCUGGAAAAUGCUACCGUCUCUACACUGAGCGUGCUUACAGAGACGAGAUGCUGCCGACAAACGUUCCGGAGAUCCAGCGCACGAAUCUGGCCAGCACUGUGCUCUCACUGAAGGCCAUGGGGAUCAAUGACUUGUUGUCCUUUGACUUUAUGGACGCCCCACCGAUGCAGACGCUGAUCUCGGCCAUGGAGCAGCUGCACGCGCUCAGUGCCCUAGAUGAUGAGGGUCUUCUGACUAGGCUUGGAAGGAGGAUGGCUGAGUUUCCGUUGGAGCCCAUGUUGUCCAAGAUGUUGAUCAUGUCUGUCCAUCUUGCCUGUAGUGAUGAGAUCCUGACUGUUGUCUCCAUGUUGUCUGUCCAAAAUGUCUUCUACAGACCCAAGGACAAGCAAGACUUAGCGGACCAGAAGAAGGCCAAGUUCCACCAAUCGGAGGGCGACCACAUCACGUUGCUGGCCGUGUACAACUCGUGGAAGAACAACAAGUUCUCCAGCCCCUGGUGCUAUGAAAACUUUGUGCAGAUUCGAACUCUUAAAAGGGCCCAAGAUGUUCGCAAACAGAUGUUGGGUAUUAUGGACAGGCACAAGUUGGAUGUCGUCAGCUGUGGUAAGAACACUGCAAGAGUUCAGAAGGCCAUCUGUAGUGGGUUUUUCCGUAACGCCGCCAAGAAGGACCCCCAGGAAGGGUAUAGGACACUCGUUGACAGUCAAGUGGUCUACAUCCACCCCUCUAGCGCCCUCUUCAACCGACAGCCCGACUGGGUUAUCUACCAUGAACUCGUUCUGACGACCAAGGAAUACAUGAGAGAAGUCACAGCCAUUGAUCCAAAGUGGCUGGUCGAGUUUGCCCCAAAAUUUUUCCGCUUCAGCGACCCCACGAAACUCAGCAAGCAAAAGAAACAGCAGAAGAUCGAGCCUUUGUACAACAAAUACGAGGAUCCAAACUCAUGGAGAAUAUCGCGAGCUUUCAAGAAAUUUCACACAAAAGUCACCUUCUGAGGAUAUCAUUGUGUUAUUGUUUUUUUUCUGAACGUUUCACAUGUAUUUGUUCAUGUAGGUAGGUGUAUACAUUUCAAAGGAAUUUUUACUUUGAUACAAGUGAUGGUCAAUGAAUCGUGUUCAAGUUCACGUGACUUAUGUCUACAACCAUGAGUACAACUAUGCAUGUAUUACAAUGCGUCUUGAUCAAAGUUAAUACACAUACUUAUCCUGUUGGUACAAUUGUAUAUGAUGGGCAUUUGAUUUGAGAUCUCUCUAUACCCAUGCAAUUCCUAUUCACCUACUGUAUGAAAGUUUUGAAAAAUGAAAAUGUUUUUACGUGUACUAGAGAACAUUUGAAAAAAAAAGUGCUGGCCAUGGGUGUAAACCCUACAUACCCGAUGUGUUUUUCGAAAAACUUGUACUUUUUUUUUUACCAUGUUUGCCAAUUCUUGAUGGUUAUCUGUUAACAAACAAUCGUUUCUAUGUAAUAUAAGUGGGGGGAAUUGAUGGACAAUUUAAAUGUAUUUCACUCAGAUGAAUUUGUGUGCUCCCUGUGGCUCUACAUGCAUGUAUGUUUAUCCACAGAUACAUAAAUGUUUCUGUUUGUUAUAAUCACUGAAAAUUCUUGUAAGGAAUUCGGUAAGGUUUUUAGGGAGAAGUAAUUUUUUUCUUUAAAAAAAUAUUCAAAUUGAAAUUCUGUACACAAAUUACUGCAGAGUAGCCUUUAAAUUGAAAGUGUAUGAUUUUUGAAAAGGGAGUUUUUAAAAUAAACUUUUCAUUGUGAAAUAAAAGCUUUUGAAA